AUGGUGGCCACUAUGGAGGACAUGGCGCGCCAGACCGGCGUGCCGGUGCCUGCCAGCGUCAAGAGCUUUCUCUUUGACGGCUGGCUGGAGGAGAUACGCACAAAGGGGAUAUCAUACGAGCAGAACCUGGACGGGUUUACGGUCCUUGCGCCCAUCGAUGCGCCGCCCAAGAUCAUAUGCCUUGCCUUCAACUAUUAUGAUCACGCAUCAGAGCAGAAUGUCACAGUACCGGACGGUCCCGUCAUAGUCUUCAAGCCCCGCACCGCCCUGACCGGGCCGUACGCAGACAUCAGGUGCCCGGGCUUUGUGAGGGAGCUGGACUAUGAGAUCGAGCUUGCCUUUGUGAUGGGCAGGGAGUGCAGGAACGUAUCCGAGGACGAGGCCAUGGGUGCGGUGGCAGGAUACAUGAUACUCAACGACGUGACAGCCCGGGACAUCCAGUUUAAGGACGGGCAGUUUGGCCGGGCAAAGGGCAUGGACACCUUUGCGCCAUGCGGGCCCUGGAUCACCACCGCAGACGAGAUAGCAGACCCCCACAGCCUGAAGCUUGUGACCAAGGUCAACGGCCAGACAAGGCAGGACGCCACCGCCGCCGGCAUGUCCGUGAGGAUACCGCAGAUAAUAUCAAGGCUCAGCCGCGGGAUGACCCUGGAACGGGGUGAUGUCAUCUCCACCGGCACGCCCGCGGGCGUUGCGCUGAAGAGCUCCCGCUUUGGGUUUCUGAAGGACGGCGACAGGAUAGACAUGGAGAUCCAGGGGCUGGGAGCCAUCUCGAAUGUGGUGCGGUUUGACGACCCCUAG